AAAAAAAAAAAAAAAAAAAAGGCGCUCCAGAAAGCUACCAGAUUUACAAUCCUCAACAUCUACCCUGAAAUCUGGUAUCAACACGCGCACUUGUCCCUCUAUCCAAUAUCGCCCCUACGUUUCUGUUUGCUUUAUUUGUCUUCUUCCCUUCGCAACUCUGGCUUCAAUAUUUGUCCGCCCAGAAGACCUUGUUUCCUUCCUUCCCCGAUAAGAUGAUGAUGAUGACCAUGGAGGGAAUGAUGGACGAGGGCGUCCUCGACGAUGUUAUUCGUAGGCUGCUCGAAGGUAAAGGCGGAAAGCAGGUCCAGCUUUCUGAGUCGGAGAUCCGUCUACUCUGCGUCAACGCUCGCCAGAUCUUCCUCUCCCAGCCUAAUCUCCUCGACCUCCGUGCUCCAAUCCGCAUCUGUGGUGAUAUACAUGGACAGUACCAAGACUUACUGAGGCUAUUUGAGUAUGGCGGUUAUCCUCCUGCUGCAAACUACUUGUUUCUGGGUGACUACGUUGACAGAGGGAAGCAAAGCUUGGAGACAAUAUGUUUACUUUUGGCCUACAAAAUAAGGUAUCCCGACAAAAUUCAUCUCCUGAGAGGAAACCAUGAAGAUGCUAAGAUAAACCGGAUAUAUGGGUUCUAUGAUGAAUGUAAAAGGAGGUUCAAUGUUAGGUUGUGGAAGAUAUUUACUGACUGCUUUAACUGUUUGCCGGUAGCUGCACUUAUUGAUAGCAAAAUACUUUGCAUGCACGGCGGUCUCUCUCCAGAAUUGCAUACUUUGGAUCAGAUAAAGCAGAUUACAAGACCUACUGAAAUUCCUGAUAGUGGAUUCCUCUGUGAUCUGCUUUGGUCUGAUCCUGAUCCCACUAUUGAGGGCUGGGCAGAAAGUGACCGGGGUGUGUCAUGUACUUUCGGGCCUGAUGCUGUCAGAGACUUUUUGGAUAAGAAUGACCUUGACCUCAUUUGCCGCGGUCAUCAGGUGGUGGAGGAUGGAUAUGAGUUUUUUGCUAAACGAAGUUUAGUUACAAUUUUUUCUGCUCCAAACUACGGCGGGGAGUUUGAUAAUGCCGGUGCAUUGUUGAGCGUUGAUGAAUCUCUAGUAUGUUCCUUCGAGAUACUGAAACCCGCGGCUAGAGCAUCCGGAAGUGGCUCAAAAUUGAAUCUUAAGAAGCCCCCUAGAAAGGUGUAGUCAUUGGGCCAAAGCUUUCGGGUUCAAGCAGAAACGCAGCAAACUCAACUUGUGUGAAGUAGAAACAUCUUCCAAUUUGAUGAGUUUUGGGAAAGGAGAGCCUUCAACAUUUAUGAGUCGAAGGUUGCCAAUUAUGUGAUGGCUCUUAAGACUUUGACAAACCGAACCACCCAGGCAUUCUUUUGUGUGCAGGAACAGAGAUAUUUGCGUUACAGUUUAUACACAUAUAGAUUUAGGGGUUUUUAUGGGCAAAUUAGAGUGUGAUAUUGUGAGUGCAAAAAGAGAUGUCAUGUUUGCAGACAAGUCGAAGUUCAAUGUCAUUUAAUUUAAUGACUGCUCGGCAGUCCUACUAUUGGUAUGGUGGUCCGUUCAUGCAGGUGGAGUCCUCGGGGUUGGUGGGGCGGGGCGCUUAUCAUUUACCAGCAUCGCUGCACCAUAGUUGUAUUUAUUUAGUUAAUAAAAUACAAAAAGAAGGACUUGGUUAA